GUCCAUUUUUAGAUUAUGCAUGUCUGCACCCGGAGUACCUAACCUGACGCCGUGCUAGCCACCCUACCGCAGGUACCUUGCCCACGAACAUGACCUCUCGUCCACGUGCAUAAAACUGUGCACAAAACGACAGACAGCCAAUCAACGUCCGUCACCAGCACCUCUGGGCUAAUCAUAUGCGGCCUAUCAACCCCCUUGCCGUUGCUUGCGCGGACAGGUUCGCGUCCUUUCCUCGGCGCUGAGGCCUUGUAAGCACUCCCUCUUCUCCCCAACCCGCCGUCUUUCUCCCAACUCACCCAUGUCCCUUCAUCCUCGCCUGCCCUCUAUCACUGCGCCCACCAACAAGUCUCAACAUUCAGACGACUAGGCUGGCCCUCAGUCUAUGCCUCUCUCUAGCGGUCCAACCUCCCUAACCAUCGUGUAUGGCCCCGUAGACUAAACCAGCCCUUCUUGUUGUGUAAAGAACGGCCGGCUGCUCGACCACGCAGCUCGCUACGUUCCUUGCCGACGUAUCAUGCGCUCCGAGCAGACAGACGCCCGGCCGCUUUCCCCCGACCUCGAACGACAGCAGCAGCCGCCUUCGGCUCAUCCGGACGACCCGCUUCACGGUCCGGAGCACCUCGAUUUCCGCGAAAACGACCGACCGCCGACCCCGCGCUUUAUGCAGGACGAGGGCGCUUGGAAGAACUGGAAAUGGGUUCCCUACCCAGUUCGAAAGUACAGCAGGGUGGUCGUUGACUGGGCGGGGGGUCCCCAGAACCCCAAGGUCUGGAAGAUCGAGCCUCUCUUCCCCCUCGUUCAGCAUGCGCCGGUGCGUCUCCUCGACAAGGUCCUCCCGAGCCGAAACCACCAGAUCCUUCUGUAUAUAGGCUAUGUCGCUGUGUGGAUCGUCACAUUCGCUAUUGUCAUGUGGCGAGGACAGGUAGCCUCUGAGGUCGAGAGCUACGGCACGCCGACGGACAUCGGAUGCGGUGUGACGUACUGGACUCGCAACAACGAGUGCGGCCUCGACGGGGUGAAUUGCCGGCCCUUCAAUGGCAGCGGUUUUGCCUUUAGGUGCCCCUCCAAUUGCGCGAGCUAUCGGGUCCUCAACCCGCGGGCCGUGGGAGACCAGGAGGUUAUCUAUGCCCCGCUGGUUAUCGGCGGGCCCCCAGAUCCCACCAACGAGGAGAACCCGAUCUACCGGGGGGAUUCCUUCAUCUGCGGGUCUGCUAUCCAUUCCGGCCUCAUCUCCAACUCGCAGGGAGGGUGCGGGGUGGUAUCGCUCGUGGGCCAGCAGCAGAACUUUGUCGCCACCGACCGACACGGCAUCCAGAGCGUCGGUUUCGAUUCCUACUUUCCCCUCUCCAUCGCGUUCGAGACGGGCAUCGAAUGCAGGUCGAGAGACGUCAGGUGGUCGCUCCUGGCGGUGUCUGUGACUUUCAGCACCGUCUUAUCCGUGUUUACCGAGUCGUCGGCGGUGUUCUUCUUUAGCACAUUCGUCGGCAUCUUCUGGCAGGUCGGCAUGGCUUCGGAUCCGCCGCCCUACUCGUCGAUACCCGGUCUCUUCUCGAAUAUCCUAGGCAAAUUCCUCCCUGCCAUGUUCUGCGCUUGGGUAUUCUACGACAAGAUGGGCGUGCGGCGCACCCUGCACGGCCUGACCGCUCAGAUCGAGAAGGCGGUCUUGUGGCUGGGCGGCUGCUGGGUCGGCGCGCUGAGCAACUAUACCUUCGACUUCAUCCCGAUCCAGCGCUUGACGGGGCGUGAUCUCGAGCAGCAGCCCGGCGCUAAGGGGGCGCUGGCUGCCAUCGUCAUCGUGCUCUUUGUUAUCGUUGUCGGUCAGAUUUGGUGUUUCCGACAAGAGAAGAGACUAACACGCUAUCUCAAGUUGUAUGGGCUGUUCAUCCUGGGUAUUAUCAUCUGCCUAGUGCUACCUGGCCUAAACCUGCGUAUCCACCAUUACAUCCUCACUCUGCUGCUGCUGCCGGGCACGAGCAUACAGACGCGACCCUCGCUCCUCUACCAGGGCAUCUUGAUAGGCUUGUUCAUCAACGGCAUAGCCCGCUGGGGCUUCGACCCCUUCCUUCAGACGUCGGUCGCCUUGCAGGGCGACUCGCAGCUAAAUUCGCCGCUACCGACCAUCCUCGCGCCGAUCAUAAACACCACCCUGUCAACCAUCACGUUCCGGUGGGGGGCGUCGCCAGGACUGCGAUACGACGGCAUCAGCGUGCUCGUCAACGACGUGGAGAGGUAUCGCGGGUUCUUCGGCGACGCGGGGUCGGACGAGUUCGUCUGGACGCGCGCGAACGACACGCGCUCCAACGAGUACUUCCGGUUCGGAUUUAUGUCCGGCACGUCGAGCGGCGACUACACGAAGGCCGGCAUCUGGACGGCCGACUUACAGUGGAUCGACGCGCAGCCAGGCCCCUCGAAGAUCAAAGCGCGGGGCGUGGGUGUCAGGGAUGAUGCCGAGCAGGUCCCGCGCGCGGUGUGGAAACGGUAGGAAUAGCGUUACGUGGCGUUGUGCGGCAUUAGAGGCAUCCAUAUUGGGUAUAUCUAUAACUUGGUCAUCGACGAUAUCUUGGGAAGGGGUCGUUCGAGUCUGCUCGAACAUGCGAUAGAAUCG